GGAAGAUGCCCGUGAACCUAGGAUACCUACGUUGGCCAGGAUGCCUGUAAACUCAGGAAGAUGCCCGCGAACCUAGGAAGAUGCCCACGAACCCAGGAAGAUGCCCGCGAACCCAGGAAGAUGCCCGCGAAUCCAGGAAGAUGCCCACGAACCUAGGAUAAUGCCCACGAACCCAGGAUAAUGCCCGCGAACCCAGGAAAAUGCCCGCGAACCCAGGAAAAUGCCUGCGAACCUAGGAAGAUGCUCGCGAACCUAGGAAGAUACCUACGAACCUAGGAAGAUGCCCACGAAUCUAGGAAGAUGCCCACGAACGCAGGAUGCCCGCGAACCUAGGAAGAUGCCCGCGAACCCAGGAUGCCCGCGAGGCCAGGAGGAUGGCCGUAAGCCCAAGAUGCCUACGAUCAAGCUCGUCAAAGUCCAUUUUCCACACCCUCUGGGCUAGGGUUCAGCCAAAGGUCUGAUCAAGGGGCAGAAAAAUAGGCUCUAAGGAUCGCCUUGAGCUAGGCAACGUCGCUGUCAAAUUUGAUCGAGUUUAACGCAGUGGUGUGGAAGUUGAGGGGGGGUCAUCGACCAGAAGGAAAGGCGUGCAUAAACCUGGAUUUUACGUCGAGGCCAACCGUCUAGCAAAAUACUGUAGGCAUAUACUGAAUUAGAGUGAUGGACUGCCUAGAUAUAGGGACCCAGUUUUUCUAUUCGUUUCAGUGCGUUAUAUUCGUUGCUAGGGGGUCUAGCCCUCUAAUCAUAUAUAUUUAAG